GAGUUGGCCCAAAGACUAUCUUCAGGAGCUAAAUAGCUCCUCCACUGAGUCCCACCCACAGUGCCUGCAACCCUCAUGCUUCCGCUUGUUUAGCCAAUCAGAGCGAUGCUGAGACUGAGGGGCCUCAGUUGGGGGCUUGCAUACCACAGAUAGAGAGGACUUCUGUAGAGGAACAGUGGAGAUAGUGGACGGUGUGCAGCUUAGUAAAGUUUUGUGGGAUUACCGAGGACAUUUGAUUCUUGUCUGCAUUCAGAUACCUAAUAAACAACCAGGAUAUUUAAUAAAGAGCAGUGUUAAACUGCUGAAAGAGGUGAAGCACAAGCCAGCCAGAAGAAUCUCCUGAAAACGCAGAAAUUGUUUGCUACAUUUCACAGACAGAUGGAGCCAAGUCCCGACAUGGAGGAACAUCAGCACUCUGUCAAGAGUUUUACUAAACAGAGUGAUAUCAAAAAACACCAGCGCAUUCACACAGGAGAGAAACCGUAUCACUGCUCAGACUGUGGGAAGAGUUUUAAUCAACAGAGUGAUCUCAAAAUACACCAGCGCAUUCACACAGGAGAGAAACCGUAUCACUGCUCAGACUGUGGGAAGAGUUUUACUAAACAGAGUGAUCUCAAAAAACACCAGCGCAUUCACACAGGAGAGAAACCGUAUCACUGCUCAGACUGUGGGAAGAGUUUUACUGAACAGAGUAGUCUCAAAAUACACCAGCGCAUUCACACAGGAGAGAAACCGUAUCACUGCUCAGACUGUGGGAAGAGUUUUACUAAACAGAGUGAUCUCAAAAAACACCAGCGCAUUCACACAGGAGAGAAACCGUAUUACUGUUUCGACUGUGGGAAGAGUUUUACUCAACAGAGUAGUCUCAAAAUACACCAGCGCAUUCACACAGGAGAGAAACCGUAUUACUGUUUCGACUGUGGGAAGAGUUUUACUAAACAGAGUACUCUCAAAAAACACCAACGCAUUCACACAGGAGAGAAACCGUAUUACUGCUCAGACUGUGGGAAGAGUUUUAAUCAACAGAGUAAUCUCAAACUGCACCAGCGCAUUCACACAGGAGAGAAACCGUAUCACUGCUCAGACUGUGGGAAGAGUUUUAAUCAACAGAGUACUCUCAAACUGCAUCAGCGCAUUCACACAGGAGAGAAACCAUAUUACUGCUCCGAUUGUGGGAAGAGUUUUACUGAACAGAGUAGUCUCAAACGGCACCAGCGCAUUCACACAGGAGAGAAACCGUAUCACUGCUCAGACUGUGGGAAGAGUUUUACUAGACAGAGUAAUCUCAAACUGCAUCAGCGCAUUCACACAGGAGAGAAACCGUAUUACUGUUUCGACUGUGGAAAGAGUUUUACUGAACAGAGAAGUCUCAAAAUACACCAACGCAUUCACACAGGAGAGAAACCGUAUCACUGCUCAGACUGUGGGAAGAGUUUUAAUCAACAGAGUAAUCUCAAACUGCACCAGCGCAUUCACACAGGAGAGAAACCGUAUCACUGCUCAGACUGUGGGAAGAGUUUUAAUCAACAGAGUACUCUCAAACUGCAUCAGCGCAUUCACACAGGAGAGAAACCGUAUCAAUGCUCAGACUGUGGGAAGAGUUUUACUAAACAGAGUAAUCUCAAAAAACACCAGCGCAUUCACACAGGAGAGAAACCAUAUCACUGCUCAGACUGUGGGAAGAGUUUUACUUUACAGAGUGAACUUAUAUUACAUCAGUGCAUUCACAAAAGAUAGAAAAGUAUCCCAAAUCUGUUCCUCUGCCAUAAAAAAUGCAAACCUUAAAUCUUUCAGACAGCCAAAAACACCUCAUCAUGCACAAAAUCUUCACUCUGUUACAAGAACUUCAUUUAAAAAUGGCUUAUUACAGGUUCAGAAAAAUGAAUCUUAUCCAGAGAUGAUGUUUACUGAAUUUCAUGCUGUGUUUUUAUGUAUGUUUGUAUACCUACAUUAGUUAAUGCCUGCAGAGCUCUUCAACACUUAGUGUUGUGUUUUAAGAGGUUUUUACACACAGAAUCAUAAAUGGUACCACUAACAGCAUAAACUAGGAACAUACAUUUUUACAUUUUUUUCAGUGAUAUGCUGAAUAAAUAAUAAAGCGAUGAUGCUAGCUCAGAGUAAAAUCGUAUAUUAAAUCUCAGCAUUAGCUUUAGAACUAAUAAUAAACAAAAGUGAGGAUUUUAUCAUUCUGGGACAUUUUUAGGUUUAAAAAUUGAAUAUGCUUUGCCAUAAGUAGGAAAUGAUCAUUUGGUCAACUUAUGUCAUUUACAGCCUUAACACAUUCUCAAUUGUUUACAUAUAAAAACUUUCUUUAUUUUUUCCUCCACUCCACGUUUGUAGUUGUAGUUGGAGCGAGGGCACUGCCAGUGUUUGCUCCAGAUGUUAGAUUAGCAUUACUUAGUCUUUUAAAAUGUAGAUGUUGUAGUUUAGUAGGAGUAGAGUAUUCUUAGGAGUAGAGAAUAUUCUUAGCUUGCAACAAAAGGCCAACAAAAUCCUUUUCAGAGUUAAAAAAAAAAAAAAUGGUCUAGCUGUAGUUUCCAUACUGAAAGCAACACUCAGCAGGCUAUGCAGCAGUAAGACUGCAGGAUCCUUGAUUCCCUCUACUGCACAUGUGUCAAACACAAGGCCCGCGGGCCAAAUGUGGCCACAUCCAAGCGAGAGCUUGUAAGAUCUUAGUGUCUAUAAUAAAUAGGUCAGAAGCGUUCUUUGACCAAAAACUACAUUUCCCACAAUGCUUGUCGAUUGUAUUACCCGCGAAGUUACGGCUUACUGCCACUACACGGCAGUGUAGUCAUUGAUGUGGAAACCCUGCCGGAGGGAAAGCGUAACUUCGCGGGUGGAAUUGAGACAUACAAACGUUUAUCCCAUAAUGUCCAGAAAAAGAAAAGUUGCAGACGGACGGCUGUGCUUCAAGGCGAAAGUGUCUCUCUGACAUAUCCUCAUGGAUGAGGGAGCAUCACCUUCAAUUAAAUCUCUCAAAGACUGAACUUCUGGUUAUACCAGCAAAACCAUCUUUUCAACACAACUUCUCUAUAAGUAUCGACUCUCUCUCUCUCUCACCGACAAAGGUUGCUAGGAACCUGGGUGUUAUGGUUGAUGACCAACUCUCCUUCACGCACCAUGUGGCCUCAGUUGCUCGGUCCUGCCGCUUUGCGCUCUAUAACAUCCGAAAAAUUAGACCGUUCCUGACGCAACAGGCCACCCAACUCCUGGUGCAAGCGGUCGUCAUCUCACGCCUCGACUACUGCAAUGCCCUACUAACUGACCUCCCGGCCUGUGUAGUAAAACCACUCCAGAUGAUCCAGAACACAGCAGCACGUCUGGUCUUCAACCAGCCAAAACGGGCACAUGUCACCCAGCUGCUCAUUGAGCUCCAUUGGCUACCAGUUGAUGCUCGCAUCAAAUUCAAAGCUCUUACAAUCGCCUACAAGGUGAUGACAGUACAGGCUCCUUCCUACCUGCACUCGCUCCUCAAGGCUUACGCUACCUCCCGGCCACUGCGCUCAUCCAGUGAACGUCGCCUCGCUUUGCCAAACAUGCACACAAAGCAAUCCAGACUGUUCUCAUACCCCAAUGUUCCCCAAUGGUGGAACAAACCUACCCUCCACUACCAGAUCAGGAGAAUCUCUCGCUAUCUUUAAGAAACUCCUGAAGACAGAGCUCUUCAAAGAGCACUUACUCUCUUAACACCUCUAACACACUAACUACUUCUAACCUCAUUUCCUUCUUCCUCUCCUUCACUCCUCUAUCCUAUUAUUCCCCUUUGUCCUCCUUUUAUCCCUAUCCAAAGAUGUUUUACCUUUAAACUUAUUUUACAUUGUACUUGACUAUUGUAAGUCGCUUUGGACAAAAGCGUCUGCCAAAUGUAAUGUAAUGUAAUGUAAUGUAAUGAAAGACCGGUAUGCCUUUUGUGUUACGAAGAGUGUUACUGACCAAAAUAAACGCUUGUUAGGAGAGAUAUAAGUUCUGUGUAAAUAUUUAUAAGACAAUAGCUGACAAAAUCUGUUUUAAUGAUGUUAAUAAACAUCACUGUGACAGCGCUAGUCACAGUUUCACCUCAGCAAAGGACGAGGACGUGAAUCACUCAUCUAACCAGCCUUUACUGAUUUCUGCCCCCAAUAACCCUUUCAAUAACCUCCAAUAGCCUUUAAUAGUCUUCAGUAGCCUUCAACAGUCUAACCUUGCAGCCGUGGUGUGUCCACUAAACUCCGUAGUUAUAAACAUCCUGAGGUUAGCAGCGCGUUAACUGACCUGUUUAUAAUGUAAUCCGAGCAGUGACUCCGUGACUCUGCUCUAAACUGCUGCUGUUAGCUGCUUGGGCUGAAAGAUGAACUGUAGAGAGCUGUAUUAUUCGGUUAGUGGGGUUAAAAUCUUUAUUUCAUACACGGAAGAACUUUAAAAAUGCUCCAGACUGGCUCAGCUGAGCCCUGUAGCCCGUGGCUGGGCUGUAGCUCUGACUCAGUAAAGACUGCGGGCUUGUGCUGCUGCAGCUCCGACUAGUGGUUGUAUGAGGAACUGCUAAAUCUGAGGAAAUGCUAAAUCUAUCACAUGUUCUUAACAGCUCACAAUUUUUAAUUUUAUAUUUAUUAAGCCUUAUUUCAGUAUCAAACGUUUUGAUCAAAGUUAAUGUAACUUGUAUUUUAUGUCAUUUCUAUUCACUUGAAUAGUUUGGUUCUUGAUUGAUGGAGUUUUUGGAUUUCAUAACAUGACAAAUUAAAAGGAUUUAUGUUAAUAGAGCAACAAGCAAACAUUUUUUCCAUGCAACUGUAAUAUUUGAUUGAAUAAAUAGUAUAUUGAGAGUUAUUUAACAUUAAGGAGUAAUUACAUUCAUUUUAUAUUACAUUUGGUUACAUUUUAUUACAUUUAUAAGUUACAUCUGGCCCUCAGAGGACAGCCAAUAUGCCAAUGUGGCCCUCGGCUAAAAUGAGUUUGACACCCCUGCUCUACUGGUUUUCUCAUUGGUCUAUGGUUCAGUCAGUCUGAUAAAAAAUCUGCAAGUUAAUCUACAGGGAUAUUUGGUUGUGUUGUGUUGCUAAAGUUAUACUCUGUUAUCUUUUCCUUAUUUGGUAUCGUUUUGCUAAAGGGUUUUUUUAUAUCUCUAAAGGUACUAAAAAUAUCUAAUCCAUUUACUUUAUUGAUUGUUUGAUCCAGUACCAGCUAUUAUCGUUGUUUUACAUCACCUUAUGUAUUUACUCAUAUUCAUAUCUAUGUGAUUCAAUAAAAGGCUUUUAUAUUGCAAGAUCUGCAAUCUUAUCUAUUCUUUCAACUUAAGCAUUUAGCCAAAAGCUUUUGUACACAGCCAAACAUACAUUCAAGCAACCACUAUAUACAGUGCCUUGCAAAAGUAUUCGGCCCCCCCUUGAACUUUUCAAACUUUUGCCACAUUUUGGGCUUCAAACAUAAAUAUAUGAUCUUUUUGUUUGUUUUUUGUGAAGAAUUAACAAGUGUGUAAGAAUACGGAGGAGUUUUGCCUUACUAUGUUCAUUGUUCAUUGAUUAAAGGGUUAAUCUGUGUGUAACUAAAUCAGCAUUUCACUUAAUCAGUAUGUUAUUCAAGCAUUUAGCACGAUUCAUGAUGAUUCACAUUGUGACUUAGAAUGUAUGUAUAUUGUGUCCUUGUGCUCAAAGCAAGGCCGUUUUUCUUGCAACUUAGCAUGAUUGAUUUUUUCCAGCAGAACCAUGAGUUUCUGUACAUGUAAUCUAUAGUCUGAUAAGGUUGGGGUGACCGAGUUCUCGGCUGACGUAUAGGAUGAAUAACUGCUUAUCAGUAUCAGGAUCCGGGGGGUGUGAGGAGCCUCCUCACACACUAUUAGACUGAGGCCAGGCGAAUGCCUGUUUUUAUUAGACUCUGUCUAGGAAGAAGAGUAGAGUUGGGCGGGAGAGCUUCUCCCGAGAGGGACUACAGAGCCACAGGUCCUGUUCACACAGCCGAGAACUCUGGAAACCCCAACUUUUCUCACCUUUGGGGUUUUCCUCUUAUUUUCACCUUUUUAUUUCAAGUCAUUUUUCAAUAAUCUUUUUACUCAAUUUUUGAUGUAUCCAAAAAAACUGUUUUGCUCAGAAGAUUCUUUGAAUAAAAUCUGACGGAACUACAA